AUGAGCGGACAGUCAUCACUCAUUCUGACCCCCGCAGAUAGCGGCGGGCCAUCCUCCCCACCACCCACUCUGCCAGAGGGCUGGCUUGCACAGUGGGACGGUUUCUCCAGAAAAUGGUACUAUGUACAGCGCCCAACAGGUUCAACACAGUGGGAAAUCCCCACAGAGCCUUUUAUCCCGACCCCUUCUUCAACUCCCCAGUCUGUAGCGAGCCCGGGACCUUUCCACCCACCUCGAAUGGGCAGUUUGCCAGUACAAGAUACUUCCGAGGCAACAAGGGAACUGAUGAACCUUCGUGGAGGAAAUCUGAGGCAUUCAGGCGAAAGUUAUCCUGAUUCGCCAUAUGACAGUUCACAGACAACACCCCAAUCGGGGCAAGAAUACCGGCAAACCCCACGUAUGGAGACACAGAGCACUCCGAUCGGGGUCACGGCAAAUCCGCAAUCCCAUUCGCCCAGUCAAGGCAUCCUGAGCCAAGUUGCUUCGGAUCUUGCACACCGCAUGGGUGGCCAACCCAGAUGUGAAAGCCAGUCGGGUCAAUCGGGUCAACAAACGCCCGAGCAGAGUCAGCUGGGUUAUCCCACUGCUGGUGGUCAACUGAAUUCCCCAUACACCACUGGAUCAAGCCAGUACCAUCAGAGCAAUCAAAUAGAUCAAGGGAUGCAAGAUGUAAUCCCUCAUUCUAUUUCAUCCUACCGCACACAGCAGGAUUCUUCAUCUGCCUAUCGUUCGGACAGGGGUAUUCAGUCGCAGCAGCAAUACAGUCUAGACCAAGCAGCCGGACUUCGACCAAACGUAGAUAACCAGUAUCAAUAUAAUCAGACUCAUGACCACAGCAGUGUACAACACUCAAACAACCAGUUAUUAACAAAGCCCAUGCAAUCUGUCCAGUACUCACAGAGGUCGAUGCAGAACCACCCACCUGAAGAUAACCCCAUCACAAUCAUCCACCCCGAUCCAAAUGCACCACCUCUCUUCCCCAUUCCCCACCGAGGCGGCCCACGUCAAUCUCACAGCUCACGACGGGGCCGAGCGACACCCCCAAGAAACUACCCCUCAAACGCAGCGUCCCACUAUACCACACACGCUUCUAUGGGCCCGUAUCCCUCCCACUACCCAGGGCCAGGAGCAGGUUCUGCCCCGAACUCCCAUUCGCCAUCAGCAGGUAUUUCACGCCACCAGCCCCCGUACCCGCUGCAAGACAUGUAUCAUCGGGACAUGGGCCCACCGCCGCAAAAUCACAACACGUAUGGGAGCCAGCCGGAUUACGGUUAUGACACUCGAAUGAGCAUGACUAGUUCAGGGUAUCAUGGUGAUCAUUACAUGCACCGGCAAGGUAGUGUUGGUGGCGGAACGCGGUAUCCCCCACACUACGGCGGUGGGUAUGACAGGUGA